AUGACUGGUUUUUCAUGUUCUUCAAACCCAUUCAAAUUCCUUGACAUUUUUCAGAAAAUUUGCAAAAAGACGAAGAUAUCAGCAGAGGGAACGCAAAAGUCGUUCUGACCUACGUGCUUCUCGUUGUCUCAAUCUACCUGGCUGUGAUUUUGGGUUCAUUCUUCUAUUUUUCUUGUUUAAUUACAAGGUUUUCAGCAACAACAUCCAUGAAAAAAGAGGAAAAAAUCGAAAAAUGGGAUGGAAUAUUGAAAGAUUCAGAUCGGAUCGCUUAUUUGACCGUGAGCGAAUUUUUUUUAUGAAAUUGAAAUUAAAAAAAUUCAGAAGCACAAUGAGAUUCGUUCAUUGGCCGCCGUGGGAAAGUACCGAAAUAAGGAAGGAUUUCCGAUGAAAUUCUUGCCUACGGCUUCAAAAAUGCCCAGAUUGGUGGGCUUUUCGAAAAGUCAUAGCUAAACUUGAAAAAAAUUCUACUGGUCACACUUGGAAUGGCUCAUUUCGAUAUUGAAGGUUUGCUUUUGAUACCGGAUGGCGUAAGUCACUUCAAGGUCGGGCGCACUUUGAGAUAGCAAAUUUUCCUAAGAGUCAUUCCCUAUGCGACCAGGAAUAGUUCAUUUUUGGUUCUACCAGUGAAAAUCUUGAAAACGGUGAAUAAACUUCUCAUAUUCGAACCAUUUCAGCUUCUCUGCGCCCUCCGAUCUCUCAUCGAAACUAGAGAGAAGAGAGCGCAGACACGCUAUACUGUUGAAACGAAAAACUUAAAAUUUUGCAGUACUGGGACUACAAUCUCGAAAAAGCGGCCGAAAAUCGCGCCAACAGCUGUGAAAUGCCGACGAUUUCUGAAACUGGCGAAAAUAUCGCCUCAUUCAAAACCUCAUCGUCGCCUUUCCAAGCAGCUUUGGUUUGAAAAAUCAUGAAAAACUUUGAAAGGAUUUAAAAUUUUUUUUAGAGAUCCGUAGAGCAAAUGGGACUGGAGAUACUGAAGUACGGUAUCAAGGAAAAUGAUAUCAGUUCAAGAGAUCCGAACAUUGGUCAUGCUACUUUGGUGAGUUCGGUCAAUGAAUAAUCGUUGGAAAAAAAUUUUUAAGUCAUCAGGUAAAUAAGAUUCACCCAAAGACUUGUAGAGGAUCAAAAAAAAUUCGAAAAGAAAAGAGGUUCAAGAAAUUUUGUGAAAAUAACAUACGAAUAAUAAGAGAGCAGUAAUCUGAAGACAAGAAAAAAAUUGGGCUUCGUAAAUCUUAAAAUUUUCUCUUUGACUAAUAAAAAUGGAAAAUUGUGAAAAUGAGAAGGCAACUAUGCUCCAUGGCUAACUUUUUUUCUGAGGAAAACUAUUUUUCAAAGUGCGCUCUAUCGAGAAAAAUUCAACGUUAGGCGGGAUGCUUCAAGCUGGGCGGUCAGGCAGACCCGGGCUUUGGUUUUGCAUUUUUUGAGAAGAAGCCAGCGCGGGCUAGAGGCAGGGUAGACUUGGGACUAAAUUUUCCAAUUCAGUCGGAAAAAUUUUCGUCCCAACUCAUUUUGAAUCAAGCCUUUCUGAAGCCGGCCCAGAUCGGGCUUUAAAAGGACCUUUGGACCGAUAGGCUAACAGGCCGGCCCUCGCCCAAGCCUGACUCCCAUCUAAAAAAUAAAAAAUUUUGGGAAAACUUUAAAAAAAAAUGAAAUCCAGAUGCUCUCGGACGCGGUUCGUCGGGUAGGCUGCGCCCUGUCAGAAUGCCAAAAAACGGACGAGAAAAACGGCGAAAAGUGGUACAUAAACGUGUGUCGCUUCGAUCCGCCGUAAGUGGGGAUGAAACAAUUUUUUGCUCUCUACUUCAAUUUUGCCGAACAAACAAACAACUUGUUACGUUUGGACAUUGAUCGGGCCGCUUAAAAGCCUAGAAAGGUUCAAAUCGGAUCAAAAAUUCCAGGAAAACAAAUUUUGUAAGGAUCAAGAGGUCAUUGGAAUCUUGAAAAAUGUGAUAUUUUGUUUUAGGUGUUUUCAAAAACGGCUUUUCAAAGACAACAUGUCUUUAUAUAGAAAUUUAGGCAGAAGACACAACUUCCAGAUUUUCAAGAUAAUUGGAAAAAUUAUUUCUUCUAUCAAUGAUAAAUCUGGAGGCCUAGAAAUCCAAACUUUCGAGAAAAAAACAAAAAAAUUAAAGUUGCUAUUCAGAAAAACCAUUUGGAAAAACCAGGCCUCGGAUCUAAUUCCUUCAUUUUUUUGAGAAAAAUUUGUGGAAAUUUAAAGUUUUAUUACAAUAGAAGAUAGUGAAUAAUACGAUUGAAAAACUAGAAAAUCUCAAUUUUUUUCAGAAAUUUUUUUAAACCAAUAAAUCAAUUCUAAAGAAAAAAAUCUUUUUCUAGCCAAAUAUAGAGGCCUAAAACUCCGAAAAACUCCAGAGGCAACACGAUUUGGAAAUCCCGACCCCGUAAUGUCAUCUACGAGGAAGGCCCAACGGGAUCUCUAUGCAAGAAGUUUCUGAACCGGGAGACAGGCCUUUGCGAAUUUCCGAAUUGA